UUUUUGUGUACGGCCGCAGCCAACGGGGACUCUUCAUUGCUGCAAAUGCUGUUUGAGUGCGGCGUAGAAACGAAUAUCGGUGAUUAUGAUUAUAGAUAUCCAAUCCACUUGGCAGCAGCCGAGGGUGAGGUUAUAUCUGUUGAGUUUCUUGCAUAUGCACACGCUGAACUUAGCGUCAAAGAUCGGUGGGGUCGCACUCCAUUGGAUGACGCCAUAACCGAAGGGCAUCUUUGCUGUGCGAAGAUGCUGAUGAGCUUUGGUGCUGAGUAUACAAUUUCCAUUGAUGCGGCGACUCAAGCGCGUAUUGACGCCGUGGACCUAAAGGAAGUGCGGGCGAUGGUCAGGGCAGAGCGGACAGUGCAAAAUCAGCAUAAAAGCGUCGCGAAACAGUUGAGAGAGAUGGUCAAGUGGAUGGCCGCAGAAACCGAAACUUGGCAGAAGAGUGUUGAGGAGCGUCUCAAACAUUUGAAGCGGAC